CUUCGAACCGUUCGUGUCCACUCCCAUCGACCCUUGCAGUGACCAAGCAUCUGUCGAGUUUGGGCCCACUUCAACCACUACUUACCCCCUCUUCACACCACCCUUCCCGGUUGCUUUUCUACAUUCAUCACCCCUUCAUGUAUUAAUUUUCAUUACUUUCCUGUUGCGUGCCUUUCAUUAAAACAUCCCCAGGCCCCAAUUCUUUUGGGCUGGUCCUUUUUUUCUCUUCUCUUGAUUGCUUUGAGCACACCAUCUUUUGCCCGAUACCACAUACCAGCGAGGUUUGGACCUACCCGCUUAUAUACACUCUUUCAUCGAUCCUUUUUUUCGCCCGCAGGACGGCUAAUAAUUCCAAUCUCCGUCGUCGCCACUCCUUUCUUCAAUUACGAUCCGACGACAAAAGAGACAAGCUUUUGAAUUAUAUAUACUAAAACGAGAAAAAAUGUGGUCGAAUACUUUGGCAGCGGUGCUGUUGAUCAGUAGGGUCUCAGCUGGUGUAGCAGGAAGUUUCAAUGUUCUAGGAGGGAGGGGUAACUCGAUAGAGGACUCAGCGAGGAGAUAUGUCGAUUCGAUCGUGGAACCACUAGAGCGAAGGGCGCCAGUCGGGCCAGGAAUGUCACAGGCGGCUUGGGACGCAUCGACUGAGAAAGCGUGUACGUUAUCUUUGGAGGCAUUGAACGGACAGGCGACAAAUCCCUCGGGGAUGGCAGUUUGUUAUAACCUUCCAAUGUUGGACAACCAGACGGGUGUUUUCCAGGCCGAUCUGCGAUUAUUUAUGGUUGGACCACCUACCGGACCUUUCGCGAACAUCGCUGCUCAGAACGUAAAUGUAGGAUUGGCAUACAAUGGAGCGACAGUUUCUGCCGUCAAUAAGGGCACAGGAUUGAAGAAGCGUGUGGAUGUGGGCGUAUCGAUUAUCUCCUGGCCAAAACACAAGCGACAAGCUCCGAUUCCAAUUUUGACUCAACAAUAUGCUUUCGUCGGUCAAAUCAACCAGCAACUACUCAAAGUUAACAUGGGAACGUAAGUUCUAACAAUCCUUUGCUAUCUCUAAAGUCUUGCUAACUCACUUCAGUGAGAACCUCCAAAAAAUCCUCGUUCCAUCUGUAACUUUGAGCGCAACCGAUGCAUUAGGUAAACCCGUCAACACCACUCUCUCCUCAAGCGAAGCAACCUUCGUCAAUGGUGUCUUUGCUCAGUCAGUCGCACCUAGUCGAAGCCAACUUGCUCCACCACUUCAAACCCUCGUCCCAGAGAAGGGAACACUUUUCGUCCUUCCGGGUACGAAAUUCGAAAUUUUCCCUAUCGGAUUCGUCAUCACCAGUACCUGGGCCGUUCUCUUCAUCAGCACCAUCGCCUAUGGUACCUAUGGACGACUUCAAUUCAGAGAACAAUAUAGACGACGAACGGCACGUGCCACUAAGGGAGCGACUGCCAGAAUUUAAAUCAGAAUGGAGGGGAGAGAAAUUAUACCACGUAAAUGAGAGAUGAUCGCUUUGGGCUGGAAUUCAUGGAACAGGAUGACCACUUUUAUUUAUUUAUUUUUAUUUUUGUCAUAGAUUUAUUCCCUUUACUUAUAUGUCGCGCUAAUAGUCAAUUGCUGCUAUCUUAGCGGGUUCUUUUGAUUUAUCAGGAUUGGAGAGACUGGGGUUUGGGUGGAGGGUUGAAGAUAUCAUGAGGCUCGAGAUGGGGAAGAGAAGGGUGGAUUUUGAUGGAGGUGGUGAUGAUUGAUCUCCUUGAUGGAGCAGAUUUUCUUCUCGGUCGUUCUGUAUACCUGGUUCCAAUCCAUUCAUGAUUCUCUCGAAAACAAAUACAAUCAUAUACAAUUCUACAGUUUCAUCUAUCUUUGAUAUCCUUU